AGCUACAUUUUUGAUAAAAAAAAAAAGGUAUAAAAGUCGGAGCCAUCGAUAUUACUAAUCCCCAUCCAGUCUUCAAGAAACCCCCCACAAAGUCCUACACACACUCCAAGCAAAGCCAACCUAACAGAACCAUGUCCGACAUCCAGGCCCUCAACAACGACCACUUCAACAAGACCGCCAAGGACUACGACGCGUAUCCUCAGGCCGAAGAGAUGACCCAGCGCGCUGCCGAAGUUAUCAUUCGAGAGUUCACGGCCUCGACUAGCGAGGAGCACGUCAAGAAUGCAUCCGUGCUUGAAUUCGGAUGCGGCACUGGCUUGUGUGCGUUCAAGGUCGCUCCAAGCGUCCAGCGUCUCCUCGGUGUAGAUGCCUCUCAAGGGAUGAUCGAUCACCUGAACUACAAACUCAAUACGAACGCCGCCAACGUCUCCAUCCGCGACAAGAUCAAGACCGUCCAGCACCUCGUCAAGCUGGAUUCCCCUCUCCCCGAACCUGAACUCUCUCAAUACCUCUCCGGCCCCGAUGCCGGAUUUAACAUGGUUUACUCGAGCUAUGUGCUGCACCAUAUCGAGGAUCUCCAGGGUACUGUGGAUGUACUCGCGAAGAAGUUGCUCAAGAAGGACGGGUGGUUGAUCAUCCUAGACUUCAUGGGUUCGCACCAUCAUCACGGUCAGCAUGAUAAAGCUGAAGACUAUGCUCACCAACAUGGCGAACACCAUCACCACCAUCAUCAUCAACAGCAGCAUCAGCACGGCGAACACAACAAGGGCGAAAAGAAGAUGGAGGAGCAUGUGCAUGAGUUCUUCUUGGGCGCUGACGGCAAGGCUUCAGAGAUGGUGCCCCACAAGGCUGGAUUCACACUCGAGGGCUUUGCUGAGAUCUUCAAGAAGGCUGGGCUGGUCGACGUUGAGGCCAAGCAUGUGUUUGGAAUGAACCAUACCCGCAAUGAGAAGCAGGUCUGGAUUGAUAUGCUCGUUGUCAUCGGUCGUCGUGCUUAGCUUUUAUUGUUUAUUUUUUUAUUUUUAAAUAAAGCAUCGCUGUACAGUCGACCCU